AUGGUGGUCUUAUUAAGAGUAUUGCAAUUAGAUAUAUACUCACUUGCAACUCUAAAAAGAGACCUGAAAAGUUUUUCAAAUAAUGUUGCUUUUUUGCAUAAACGACUUCUUACCGAGACAACUUUCUCUAAACCAAAUAAAAAGUCUCAAAAUGUAAAAGUUCAUAUUAACUCAAAUAAAAAUAGUUUACCAUUGAAAAAUAAAGAAAUUAUUGACUCUAUACAAAGCAAAAUGAUUCUAAAGCCAUUGAAAAAUUUAGGUAAAGAACCCAAAAUUUCAAGACCCGAACAAGAACAUGACAAAUUACAUAAAAAUAAGCCCAAAUCUACGAAAGGCUCUCGUAAUAUUAAACUUACGAAAAAGGAUGAAAAUAAACAGAUGAAAAAGGUUACAGACAUUCCAGUGGUUUUAAGUAAAGAACCUAAAAAACAAGAACGUGCAGAGUUGCAAAAAAAGAAAUCCAUGCUUACAGAAGACUCCCGGGAUCUUAAAAAAACUUCAAUAAUUUUAGAAAAAAAUGCCAUUAAAUCUAAAAUGAAUAUUCAAUAUGAGAAUAAGCAAACGCAGACAAAAAAGGUUACUGACAUUCCAGUAGUUUUAAGUAUACCCCAAAAACAAGAACAUACAGAAUUGCAUAAAAAGAAAUCCAUGCUUACAGAAGGCUCGCAGGAUCUUAAAAAACCUUCAAUAAUUAUAGAAGAAAACAUUAAAAUGAAUAUUCAAUCUACAAAGAAAGAUAUGCAAACGCAAACGAAAAAGGUUCAUGCAAUUACUGAUUUGAUGAAAGAAAAUGUCACGGAAUCAGAAUCUAUUAUUUCUCCAGGAAUUGAGAAUCAAACGUCCCAGAGAGCUCGAUUUGAAAUUGGUGAUUAUGUUGAAUUACGAAGAAAUGAUAAAUCUUAUUCAGGAUUAGUCGUCAAGUUGCGCACGGACCCUACAUCAAUGGGAAAGAAUCAUAUUUUAUUAUCAAAUGGUCAUACGAUUGCUCAUCGUGAUGAUGAUGUUGUAUUUAUCGUUCCUAAAUUCGCAUACAUUAAAAAAUUAGGUGACACUCUUCUCACACCAGAAACUCCUAUUCCUUCUAAUUAUGGAAAAAUUGCAGGAGAUUUAUCUAAAUCUGCGUUGAUUCUUUUACAAUCCAAAAUCCUUGAAUUUCGUCAAGUGUACCCACAUUUUGCACCUGCUGAUGAUACAGAAUUAAGAACACUCACAGUUAAUGAUGUGGCUUGCCAUGUAUUUAAAACAACUAAGCCAGAACAUUCACAAACUCUAGCAACGAUCUUGUUUUUAAUAAAAGAAAAUACAUACUUUAUAACUGAUACUAAAAAGUUAAGGGAUAAUGGAACUUUUCGAUUAAGAGCGAAAGUUGAUGUCCAAGCAAUUGCAAAAGUAAUGGAGUGGAUUAGAUUACGGGAUCCAAAACUUGCCGAGUUUCAGUCAAAAGCAAUAACAAUCGUUAAUUAUAAACGUUUAUUAAAUAUUAACGAAAAUGAUUACACAAUUUCCUCUAAUAGAAUCAAAGAAUUACCCAAUUUUACAGAGGAUGACAAAUUGUUCAUUAAUUUUUUCAAAUCCCAUAUUGUAGGCUUUAAUGCAUUUGAUGCUCAAAUAGCUGCUAUACUUAAACCCACUAAAUUAUACGAUUGUGAUCUUGAUAAAGAUUGCGCAAUUAAAUUCUUAAAAGACAUUGGCGUAUGGACACCAUGGGAAAAUUUGAAUGUUUACGAUCCAACAAUUAUGUUGAAUGGCCACGGAGUUUCGCGAAAGGCAGACAGUGAUCAUGAAACAUCAAUAAAAUUGGCUAGUAAUCUAAUGAAAACGAAUCCUUUUGUUUACAAAAAAAAGAAUUCUUCUGAAAAUGGAUCAAAUUUUUCUAAAGUAUCUUUGCUUAAUAAAACAUUGCCAAAUCUUGGACCAAAUGAUUUCUAUCCAUAUGAUAUUUGCGAAGAUAUUCGACAUGAUUUUGGGGAUCUUCCUGUUUAUACAGUAGACGAUCAUACAGCACAUGAACUUGAUGAUGGAAUAUCAAUUGAACGACUUGAUAGUAAUAAAUUCGAGCCUUCCUCAACUUGGGUGCAUAUUCAUAUCGCAGAUCCAUCUUCAGUUAUUCAUCCUUCUCAUCAGUUGUCACAAAUUGCGUUAUCAAGAGUUCAAAGUGUAUAUUUCCCUGAUCGAAAUUAUGCAAUGAUACCUUCCUCUAUGAGUGAAAAAAGAUUUAGUUUAGGUACUGAUGCAGGAAUCAAUGGAAAUUCUGUUAUGUCAUUUAGUGUUCGAAUAGGAGAUGAUGGAAAUAUAUUAGAUUAUAAAGUUCGAACGGGUAUUGUCAGAAACGUGAAAUGUUUAUAUUAUGAUGAUGUAGACACGAUCUUAUCGUGGGAAAACAUUGGAGGUUCAAAAGAAGAAAUCGAGUUUGUUCAUAAACAACUACAUUACCAUCCUAGACCAAUUCCCCCACCAAUAAAUGUGUAUAAAGAGUUACCUGAAUCUUCGAAACGUGACCUUCGGGAAUUGCAGAAAAUUUCAUUCUUGCACAUGAAAAAUCGAAUAAAUGUUGGAGCUAUCAACAUGGGAAUCUCACAACCAGCUAUCCAAAUAUCACCAUUUCCACUUCCAUCUGCAAAUCCCUAUCCUCAAGGGCCAAUUUCAUAUUUAGGAAUUCCUACAAUUCAAGUACAACUUGAUAAGAGUAUGCAUUCUCCUGCUCGUGCAAUGAUUGCAGAAUAUAUGAUCUUGGCUGGUGUUGUUGCAGCAAAAUUUUGUAAAGAACGUAAUAUACCCACAUUAUACAGGAAACAACUUGUUCCUAAUUCGCCAAUAGUGGAAGAGGAAAAAAAAUAUAAGGAUAUGCGGAAUGGUGUUAUUCCAUUAACAUCAGUAGUAAAGAUGCGCCCAUUGAUGGCAGCCGCAGAACUUUCAACAGAAUCUGGACCACAUUGGGCUAUGGGAAUAGCAGAUGGAUAUUCCAAAGUUACAUCACCAUUGCGUAGAUAUUGUGAUAUAUUGGUACAUUGGCAAAUGAAAGCUAAUCUUCUUGGCACAAAGUAUCCAUUUUCUAAAGAAGACCUGGAAAAUAUGACUCAACAUAUUCGAACAAGAGAAAAAGAAAUAAGUAGGACACAAGUACGUAGUGAAAAAUUCUGGAUACUUAGUUUAUUUGAACGCUUUAUGAAAAGUGGAACUAUGCCAGAGUUAACAGCAGUUACAGUUGAUGUUUUGGAGAAAGGUGAUAAAACAGUUUUAUUAAGAGAGUUCGGAAUUCAGGGUAGAUUUUCUGGCUCGGAAGGUGGAGGAAUUGGUGAUAUAAUUAAAGUGAAACCAUUAUUAGUUCAUCCAAAUAAAGUAAAUUUGAACUUGGGACCCGCAUAG